AUGGAUGGAAGAGUUGUUGGAUCUGGUACAGCCAGCAUAUUUGAUGAAGUUGUUCAGUCUUCAAAGCAGUAUCUUGAUGUGGCAUUUGCACCAUCAAAGGCAACUGGCAAGGUUUUAGCUUUAGAGCUUCCGAAGAAUGGGAAUGACAAGUGCACUGUUCUCUAUCCUGCUUCAGCAAAAGCCAGCACUGACAUAGAGGAAGGACAUUUUGGGCGGGGAUUCGAGGUUACUCGGCUGAACACUUACACAACGGCACCAGUCAAUCACGUUGAUCAAUAUCUUCUUGAACUAGCACUCUCUGCUCCCGUUGUUGCUGUAGCAUCUCCUUCUGCCCUCAGGGUAUGGGCUAAUCUUACUGCAUCGAGACAGUGGGACAAUGCUGUUGAAUGUAUUGGGGAGACAACAACUUCUGCAGCUAAAAAACUUGGGUUCAGAAAUAUAUACUAUCCAACAAGUCCUGGUCUUGAAGGGUGGGUAAGCAGAGUUCUGGAAGCGUUAGAAGUUAAUGAGCAAGUCCAAAAGUUUUGGAGCUUUCUAGUGCUUUCUGGUGGUGGUGUUGAUGCAAGUUUAAUGCUGAUUUAG